AACAUUUAUUCUCUGAAAAAAAAAAUGCCAAAAAUCUUGUGGAAAAGCCUCCAUCUUUGCUUCCCGUCAAAUCUCACCAAAUGCUAUUCUUCGCCGUGCCUUCCUCCCUCCGCCGCCGCCGCCGACGAAGAAGAUCCAAGCCGUCCCUCCAUCGUUCUCAUCAACAACUUCAACCUCCUCUACCACGACGACGACGACGACAACAACCGCAACCACCGUGUCGCUGACUUACCUUCCUCCUCCACCACCACCACCGCAACCACCUCUUCCUCCACCGCCACGUCAUCAACUGAAUCCGAAAAUCACGACAUUUUAUCCGCCGCUUUCGCUUCCCGUCGCUUCUUCUUCUCUUCCCCUGGCCGAUCCAAUGCAAUCACCGACUCACCCGAAACCCGGUCAAGAGAACUAUCUGAUAAUUACGAGAAUGCCACUACAAGUAGAAAAAAGAAGAAGAACUACGACGCUACGUCCGUGAAUAAUAAUAAUACCACGAGGCUUCUAAGCGGAGGAACAGCCGUGAAGCAACACGUGUACUCACCGGAUCCGUUGACUGACUUCCGGCGAUCAAUGCAGGAGAUGAUUGAUGCCGCCAUUGUCGACGGAGAACUUAGCCAUCCCGACGACGACGACGACGACGGGUACGAUUUCUUGAACGAGCUGCUUCUCAGUUAUCUCUCGUUGAAUCCAACCGACACACACAAGUUUGUUAUUAGAGCUUUCUCCGACAUUCUUGUCUCGCUCUUGUCGGAAGAACGUCGAAUAUGCUGACGUGGUGGCCGCCGGGAUGAGAAAGAACGUCCAGUGUAAUGAAUGCCCCACGUGAUUAUUAAUUAAGAGAACCUAACUUUUUUUUUUCUUUUUUCCAUAUCAAUGUCUUCAAGGAAGAGUAGUUAAGCAAUUUAGAAGAACUACUGACAAUUUUAUCCCUUUUUUUUAAUCUUAAUUAAAAAUCUUCAACUC